CCGAUCCAGAUCCGCGAUGCUGAUUGCCCAACCGUUCUUACACUAACACGAGCCUUUAAAAUCCAUUCGCAUAAUCCUCCAUUUAUUCUCAUUUCCGAAUCAAAACAGCAUCGUUUUAUUCAUUUCAGAAAAAAAUGGUGUUCGAGGUGUCGCAAGUUGAAACUAAGCCGUAUGAUGGACAGAAACCUGGAACUUCUGGCCUUCGCAAGAAGGUGAAAGUGUUCACUCAGCCUAAUUACCUCCACAACUUUGUUCAGUCAACAUUUGAUGCCCUUACUGCAGAAAAAGUUAGAGGUGCUACUCUUGUUGUUUCUGGUGAUGGCCGUUAUUUCUCAAAGGAUGCCAUUCAGAUUAUUAUUAAGAUGUCAGCUGCAAAUGGAGUAAGGCGUGUUUGGGUUGGUCAGAAUGGUUUACUUUCAACUCCUGCUGUAUCAGCUGUUAUUCGUGAAAGAGUUGGCGCAGAUGGGUCUAAAGCAACCGGAUCAUUUAUUUUGACUGCAAGUCAUAAUCCAGGUGGCCCUCAUGAGGAUUUUGGAAUCAAAUAUAACAUGGAAAAUGGUGGACCUGCUCCGGAGGGGAUCACAAAUAAGAUUUAUGAGAACACAACAACAAUAAAGCAGUAUUUAAUUGCGGAUCUGCCUGAUGUGGAUAUCAGCACAAUUGGUGUAACUAACUUUAGUGGGCCUGAGGGACAAUUUGAUGUUGAUGUUUUUGAUUCGGCAGAUGAUUGUGUGAAAUUAAUGAAGUCUAUAUUUGACUUUGAGUCUAUCCGUAAGCUGCUUUCUUCUCCAAAAUUCACAUUCUGUAUUGAUGCAUUACAUGGAGUUGGUGGUGCUUAUGCCAAACGUAUUUUUGUGGAAGAGCUUGGUGCACAAGAGAGCUCUCUAUUGAACUGCGUGCCCAAGGAGGACUUUGGAGGAGGCCAUCCAGAUCCCAAUCUGACUUAUGCAAAAGAGUUGGUUGCUCGCAUGGGAUUGGGUAAAUCAAGCACUAAUGUUGAACCACCAGAGUUUGGUGCCGCUUUAGAUGGUGAUGCAGACCGUAACAUGAUCCUCGGUAAAAGGUUUUUUGUUACUCCAUCAGAUUCUGUUGCAAUCAUUACUGCCAAUGCAGUUGAAGCCAUACCAUAUUUCUCUGCUGGUCUGAAGGGGGUUGCCAGGAGCAUGCCAACAUCUGCCGCUCUUGAUGUUGUGGCCAAGAAUUUGAAUUUGAAAUUUUUUGAGGUUCCAACUGGCUGGAAGUUUUUUGGAAAUUUGAUGGAUGCAGGAAUGUGUUCAGUUUGUGGGGAAGAAAGCUUUGGAACUGGCUCAGACCAUAUACGUGAGAAAGAUGGAAUUUGGGCAGUUCUAGCCUGGCUAUCUAUUAUAGCUUAUAAGAAUAAGGAAAAUCUCAAUGGAGGAAAGCUUGUGACUGUAGAAGAUAUAGUUCGCAACCAUUGGGCUACAUAUGGACGACAUUACUAUACCCGAUAUGAUUAUGAGAAUGUUGAUGCAAGUGCGGCAAAGGAACUGAUGGCACACUUGGUUAAGAUGCAAUCUUCCAUUGGUGAAGUAAACGAGAUUGUGAAGGGGGUAAGCGCAAAUGUGUCGAAGGUUGUUAAUGGUGACGAAUUCGAGUACAAAGAUCCUGUUGAUGGUUCCAUCUCAAGUCACCAAGGCAUUCGGUAUUUCUUCGAGGAUGGCUCUCGACUGAUUUUCCGUCUGUCAGGAACUGGCUCAGAAGGCGCAACCAUCCGUCUCUACAUCGAGCAGUAUGAAAAGGAUUCUUCAAAAACUGGGAGAGAUUCUCAAGAAGCACUUGCUCCUCUUGUUGAGGUUGCAUUGAAACUUUCCAAGAUGCAGGAAUUCACAGGCCGAUCUGCACCAACUGUUAUUACAUAAAUUUACACAACUACACCGAAGCUGAGAUGGAAUAUUCUCUAGCAUAUCUCAAGUAUGGCCUUAAAUAAUUUUCGUGUUGUAAAAUGAAACCUUUAAAUAUUAAAAAAAGAGAGAUUUUUGGAUUGUUCAUCCUUGAUCAACAUGUCCUGCGUUUCUGCAGCCUUUUACCAAAGGCAUGAGAAUACAAUGUGCCAUAAAAAACUAUCGGAUAUAUAAAUUUUUGUUGUGGAAAUUAAUAAUAUAAAUAUCGCUUUUGGCGAUUGCUUUGUUGAGCCUAAAA